CAAUAUCGAGUUAUAUGUGUUUUUGGUAUAUCAACCACAUAUACGAGUAUAUGGUUGGCAGAUUGGUUGGAAACAUGCGUGUAUAUGGAAAUAUGGAAAGUCUUCUGCUUGAACCAACAUUAUAUACAGUCAAGGGCAUGGCAAUCCUUGAUAAUGAUGGAAACAGAAUAUUAGCGAAAUACUACGACAAAAACGUGUUUGCGACAGCAAAAGAACAAAAAGCUUUUGAAAAAAAUCUAUUCAAUAAGACGCAUCGAGCAAAUGCAGAGAUCAUCAUGCUUGAUGGACUUACGUGUGUAUAUAGGAGCAAUGUAGACUUGUUCUUCUAUGUUAUGGGAAGUUCACAUGAAAAUGAGUUAAUUUUGAUGAGUGUGCUGAACUGCUUGUAUGAUGCCGUAAGUCAGAUUUUACGAAAGAAUGUUGAAAAGCGAGUUGUAUUAGAGAACCUGGAUAUUGUCAUGCUGGCAAUGGAUGAAAUUUGUGAUGGAGGAAUUGUAAUGGAAGCUGAUUCAUCUGCACUUGUUCAGAGAGUAGCUCUGCGAACAGAUGACAUUCCUCUUGGAGAGCAGACUGUGGCUCAGGUAUUGCAGUCUGCAAAGGAGCAACUGAAAUGGUCACUUCUGAAGUGAUACUUAUGACUGGGCCAUGGACACUAACACUCCUCAUUCCUACUUGAAUUUGUGGCAACCUGUAGAGGCAUAUUUUAUUUGUAUUGUAACCCUUCAGAAUGUAGCAAUUUAAAGUAUGUCAGAUGUGAUAAGGCAGUUAUGUUGAUGUUUGAUAUUGUUACACUUUUCUAUAAGACGUCCAAGUUCCAUCAUCAUCAUCAUGUAUGUAUGUAAAAAUAGAAAGGUGAAAUAUGGUAAAAUUA